GAGAGAGGAUGGCUCAGGAGACAAACCAAACCCAGGUGCCUCUGCUGUGUACCACGGGCUGUGGAUUUUAUGGCAGCCCCCGGACCAACGGGAUGUGCUCCGUUUGCUAUAAGGAGUUUCUGCAGAGACAGCAGAGCAGUGACCGGAUAAGCCCCGCAGCGCCCAGUGGUCCCAACAACAGCCCCAUGGCUUCAGAUUCAGUUGCAGGGCAGCGCGCAGAGGGAGACUCCACGCCUGAGGAUGCGAAAGCCAGUGCUCAGACUCCUGUGACCCAUCAGAUGACGGCCAUGAGCAUAUCCAGAGAAGAAAACAGCAGUGAGGCAGAAGAACUCAAGAGAGAAGAAGCCUCAUCAGCAUCUUCCUCAUCAGGUACCCUGCUUGAAAUAUCCCAGAACACAGCGGAGGGCAAGGCAGCUUCAGAAAAAACGAAACAGAAGAAGAAUCGCUGCUUCACUUGCCGGAAGAAGAUAGGGCUAACUGGCUUCGACUGCCGCUGCGGGAACCUGUUCUGUGCCAUUCACCGGUACUCCGACAUGCACGCCUGCCCCUACGACUACAAGGCAGAGGCCGCCGAGAAGAUCCGUAAGGAGAACCCCAUCGUCAUUGCUGAGAAAAUCCAGAAGUUGUGAAGGGGCUCGAACUGAAGCCGGGUGGCCUGGUGCUCCUCCCCUUCCUCCCAGCCUUCCUCCUCUUCCUCCCAG